AUGCAGUCUCCCGUCCUGCCGGUCCCUUCGCGGGUGGGAUCCGAGUCGGUCGCCAACACCGCUCCACCUAGCAGCCGACCGGGUUCCGUGCAUCCUACCGCCACCGCUACUGCACCCUCAGCGACAGUCGCAGCAGAUGCCAACUACGACGCGACGUGCGAUGCGCUGGACGACUUUUCCGUCCCCUCUGUUCGUCUCUCGUGUCUUCCACGCAAGCUACCCGACGCACCGCCACUCACCGGUCGCGAGCGACGCAAGCUUCGCGCACCACGCAUACCGCUCCACCAGCGCAAGUUUGUCGGCUGCUCCUCGCUCGACGAUUACGAGAUCUCGAUCAAGCUCGGUCAGGGUACGUUCGGGGAAGUUCUCAAAGGUCGUCAGAUUCUCACUGGCACCUCUGUCGCGCUGAAAAAAGUGACGAUCCACGAUGCGAAGGACGGACUGCCCAUCACGGCGUUGCGCGAGAUCAAGCUGCUCAAGAAACUGCAUCACCCAUCGAUCGUUCCGGUGAUCGAUAUGGCUUUCCGCCCGUCCACCGAACGGGGCAAGUUGGGCGACGUAUACAUGGUCGAACCGUACAUGGAUCACGAUCUUAACGGUAUGCUGGAAAACCCCUCGAUAAGGUUGGAGCACAGUCAGAUCAAACUCUACAUGCAACAGCUGCUCGAAGGAACGCUGUACUUGCACAAGAACCGGAUCCUCCAUCGAGAUAUGAAAGCGGCCAACCUGUUGAUCAACAACACGGGUCAGUUGCAGAUCGCGGAUUUUGGUCUGGCAAGACCGUACCGGGAUCCGGGACAGAGUUGGACGGGCAAAGGUUGGACGGGGGGUACGCAUCGGUAUACGAACAUGGUCGUGACGCGAUGGUAUCGUCCACCCGAGCUGUUGGCGGGGGAGAAGCGAUAUGGACCUCCGAUCGAUAUGUGGGGGAUCGGAUGUAUUUUGGCCGAGAUGGUGAUGGGCAAACCGUUGUUCAAGGGGACCAGCGAGAUUAACCAGUUGGAGCUUAUUGCCAAGUUGUGUGGAAGUCCGAACGAGACAAGUUUUCCAGGAUGGUCGACGUUGCCGGGUGUUAAGGAUGCCGAUCCGACCGGGAGACCCGAUCCACACCCAGAGAUCCCAGGUCAGCACGCAUUCGGCGAUCACCCCCGUCGGGUGAAGGAACACUUUCGGACGGUCUACGACGCCGGUCCCGGAUGCGCCGAUUUGAUCGACAAGCUCCUGGUCCUGGAUCCGAGGAAGAGGUUGACGGCGCAAGAGGCAUUGGAGCACGAAUGGUUCUGGACUAAACCGUAUCCGGCUGACCGGGGCAGUUUGCCCAAGUACGAGCAUAGUAAGGAGAUUGAUAGGGGGAGGAGGGAGUGGCGGCCUGCGCCGGCGGUCGCACCGGCGGCGGCGGUGCAGGUGGGGCCAGUCGGCGGAGCGGGGGUGGGGAUGGGCGGCAGACCGGGGAUGGGCCAGAUGCCGUAUCCUGCCCAACAGCAGCAGGGGAGACCGUAUGCGAGACCUGCGCCGGCGUACGCACCGAAUGGCGGAGGGAUGCCCGACCCGGCGAGUGGAUGGGAUCGGCCUGCGCCGGGACGACAUCCGUUCCCCGGACCGCUAGCAUGCGCUGCCAGCUAG